AUGGGUGUACCCAUGGAAGGCUUUUUUAAUGGGGCCGAUGUAGUAUUUGCAACACCCGCUCCCUCUACCGCUGCACAUAAGGCUCUUGCCAAAACUCCCACCCCUUCCGUCGAGCCAGUACCCAAAGAGGGUACUCAUAUCGAAGGGGUUGGUGAGACUACAUCUUUGUUUGUCGAGACACCCACUCCUCCAGAGGGAGCCAUUCCUCCUACCGCCGUUCAAACCAAGACCGCUCCUUCUGUUCUGCCGCUUGUUAUUUCGACCAGUGACCCUUUUGCAGCUAUCUUCCAUGCUGCAAAGGGCAGUGCUUCCCUUGUUGUUACUCCUUCCUCCAUUCCCGGCUCCGCUACCCGUGGUCCUGAUAUUGACUUAUCCUCGGAAGGGUCCGAUGACAUUCUUGAGGAUCCCGAUGAUGCGCCCGUUCUGAAGAAGAGGAUUUCCGAUUCCGAUGAAGAAGAGAGUGCUUCACCCGAGCCUGACUUCAUGGAGACUUUUGAGGGGCCAGGAAUUGCAGCAGGCGUGGGAAUGACUGCUCCUACCACACCCGUAACACCUAUUCCUGCCGCACCUUCAGCACCCUUUUCAGCCGUACCUACUGCUCCUGCUUCCGCUGUGCCUACAAUACUUGUUUUUGUUACACUCGCAGCCCCCAUUCCUGGUAGCUUUGGUCCACUUCCUACUGCCUCUUCUCAGUUUAUGGUGGGUAGCAGUUCCAUCGUCGUCCCAGAUGAUGCUGCGACCUUCGUUGCCCGUUUUGACCAACUGUAG